CCUGGUGGGGAGCCCACCCAGAAGAUCUUUUAAAAUUGUAUCGAACAACCAUUCUUUCAGUGAUGGAAUAUGGUAGCUUCUGUUUCCAGUCAGCUGCCAAAUCUCACCUCAUCAAACUCGAGCGUAUCCAAUACCGUUGUCUCCGCAUCGCAAUGGGCUCUAUGCCCUCAACGCAAAACAUGAGUCUUGAAGUUUUGGCAGGAAUACUCCCUUUGAAAGAUCGAUACAAUCUACUAUCACUUCGGUUCCUCAUCAGGUGUGAGGUCAUGAACCCAUUGGUGAUCGUUAAUUUUGAAAGGUUACUUGAGCAAAAUUUUCGAACAAGAUUUAUGUCUGUAUACUAUGUCCUCAUGUCAAUGCAGGUAAACCCUUCUUCGUACUCUCCAACUCGUGUUUUCAGCCCACACUACGAUAAUUCUUCUGUCCAGUUUGAUUUGUCUAUGCAGCAGGAAAUUCGUGGAAUCCCGGAUUCGCAUCGCCCACUUCUGAUUCCAAGAAUUUUCGAAGCUAAAUAUAGACACGUCGAUGCUGACAAAAUGUACUUUACCGAUGGGUCUCUAAUUGAGGAAUCAACGGGAUUCGGAGUGUUCAACGAAACAACUAGCGCCUCUUAUAACCUCCAGUCUCCAUGCUCUGUGUAUAUAGCAGAGUUAGCUGCUAUUCACUGGGCCUUGGACAGCAUCGCCUCACGGCCUGUUGGGCACUACUACAUUGUAACGGAUAGUCUAAGCUCAGUUGACGCAAUACGAUCAAUACGACCGGGAAAGCACUCGCCGUUCUUCCUAGAGAAGAUACGGGAUACUUUGAGUGCUUUAACAAGACGUCGCUUUCCCAUUACCUUUGUUUGGGUUCCCUCUCAUUGCUCGAUAGUGGGCAAUGAGAAGGCAGACUCUCUGGCAAAGGUGGGGGCGACGGAAGGCGACACGUAUCCACGUGAAAUCGUCUUCAACGAAUUCUACUUCUUGGUACGAGGGAACUCUCUUGUCAACUGGCAGCGCAAAUGGGACGAGGAUGAGGAUGGUCGGUGGCUCCACUCGAUUAUCCCAAAGACGCGGUACUCUAUCGUUUUGACAUUGCUGGCAGCAAUUUGUGUAGUUGCGGCCAAGGUUACCAUGACAUCGAGCAUAUUGUUUGGUCGUGUGAGGUCCAUCUUGUCGCCAGAACGAAUUUAAUAGACUCCCUUAGGGCCCGAGG